AUGACGGUUGUUCACACCUCUGAUAAAAUCACAGUUUUGAAGAUGUCGAUGCCACAGAAGCUAGUAGUGGACGAACAUGUUUAUCUGCGCAACAGUGGUAUACUGCCGUCGAUGAAACACGACAAAUUCUUGACCAAUUACGUCGUACACUUCAACAACAAAGUGCUCCCGGCUAUGAAAGCACCCACCAUGGAAGUGACCUUCUUCAAGUUGAAAAAGGGAAAAUCCAAAAGGCAGCUCAAUGAUAUUCUCACAUCUGUAGCAACCAAGCCAGAAAUUGCAGGUAGUCCAUAUGCCCCUUUAACUUGGGGUGACGUCGAAGGCACUGGCGAUCAAAUCUACUUGCUGUUUGGAUGGGAAAGCUUAGAGAAACAUAAGAUGACUGUCCAACAGCCUACCUUCUCACAAUUCAUUACAGACUUGAUUGAGACUGUAGACUUCACAUUCUGCCACGUAGAGUUUCAAACCAUAUAUUUCGCCAUGGCCAGUGCCUUGUACUUGUGA